UUAGAGCAGCAAAAUAGACACCACCAGCAAUGCACAGUAGUGGGCCUGAGACACAAGCAAAGCCCGGAUCGCUAUUCAAACUAGAAUAACUAGCAGUUCUAGCUGUGGCCACAGGAAUCCCGCGAGCUCGCAGAGCGUAAAGCGUAAAGCAGGUGGCUAGCGAGCGAACAUUUUUGCUUUCAUGCUAACGAUUUCAAAACAUAAUAACAUCUAUCUAUAACAUGAAAUGUCAACCAGUCAACGCGUUUCCUUCAGAAAAAACGGAAAAGAUUUGAAAUGGAGUUUUAGGUCCAUCAGAACAUUAGAUCACCAAAUGAUGAAAUGAGGAAACCGAGGAAAGCACGACUUCAGCUAUAUCCCUGGGCUCAUCACUGAUAUUUAGAUGUUUUUUUUUCUAUUAUAUUUUGGAGCAUUUUCCAACGAAGUGAAAGCCUCGGCCUAAUGAGUAACCAUGACAACGCAGAAGAUAAUUCGCAAGGCUCUCCGCCCCCCUUACACAAUACUCACCAAGCGCCUGGUCUACUUGGAUAUCUCCGCUGUCCACCUGACCUUCGGCGCAAUAUCUGCGAGUUGUGUUCUGCUGUGCAAUACCGCUUACACCGAUCCGUGACGAUUCGUGGGCUCCCACGUUUGUUUCUUCUGCGGCGGUUCUUUUGUCUUUAUUGGAUGAUAGUCAUUAUGGUAUUAUUAUAUCUCAAAAUGUAUUUUCCUUUAUAUUUGAUAAGCACUGUGAAUAAGAACACCUUGAAGGAGUUUCUCCACGACUGGUGUCGGGUGAGAAAUAUCCGAACUGACUGGCAGGGGCUGUUAUCACCCUGUGUUGGCAAAACUCAAUGGGGGGAAUAUCACACCAUAUUCACCCGGAUCAACAUGACUGAUGCCGAUACGAGUUAUAUUUCCCUUAUGGAUAUCAGACCGGCUGGGGACUUUAGCCGUAUCAGCAUUCAAUCUCAGACUUCGGAAGGUAAUCGGAAGUUGUCAGGUGGCGACGCCUGGCGAGUUCGUGUACGAGGGCCUUCCGAGCUCGCGCCGACUAUAAUAGACCACGAGAAUGGCACUUACGAGGUUCUUUUCCUUGCGCUGGAUGCGGGGGAGUACAGAGUGGUGGUAUAUUUGGAUUAUACUCUAUGUGAUGGCUAUAGAGACCCCCCGGAAUACUGGUUUAUGGUUGGAAAUAUUCAUGGCAGCAAUCAAGUGCACGGAAUUCUGGGAAAAGAGAGCCAGUAUUUGUGUAAGCCUCUGUGGCGCGGUACACCGCUGGUCAUUACCAUCCCGCCGGCUCAAGGACCUUUGCGCUAUGAUGAGUUUAUAAGCUUGGGUUUCGGUGACCCUUUAUACUGUAACCAGGAAUGUGGUUUAUUAUGGGAUGGCUAUGGCCGCUGGUUCAACGGAUCGUGGAUUCCGCAAAUCCAAGCCCCCAGUCCCUUGAGCAGGAGUGCUCGUCGUAAGCAAGGUGUAUUAUGGGUCUACGGAGACUCUAUUGCGGCGCGGCUACACUCUUCCAUCAAAAACACCCUGCUAUGCACAGACAUCUUCAGACGCUGUGACGUCACUUACAACUGGGUCUACACGAUCCAGAAUGCAACAGUGGAAAAAAAUCUCAAUGACUUCCAGGAUUUUAGGAUCGACAAGAUUCUCUCAGAACUUCGCCAGGUCCUAUACCGGCCAGAGAUGGACAAGCACAGUACCGUGCUGCUAAACUUCGGUCUCCAUUUUGUCUCCUCCAUCAACUUCACUGCAUAUCAACGCCUGAUUACACGAGUGUUAGAUAUGAUCGCGGAACAGGAGUCUGAUGGGAAGGGGAUGAUGCAGAAGAGAUAUAAAGGGGGGAUCAUAUGGAAGACGACCACACCCAUCAACAGGGAAAAAUUCGCGAAUCCACAUCAUCAAGCAAGACGCUUUAUGACCAAUCAGAGAAUUGCAUUGUUCAAUGCAUACGCGACCUGGGCAAUGUGUCAAGACGGACACAAAGUGCUAGACGUCCAUCCAAUGUCGGACGCAUUCCCAGGCGGGACGAGCAACCGAUAUGACCCUAACGAUGCCGUCCACUUUCCGGACAAAGUCUUCACACCAGCCGUGCAGCUACUUACGCGUCACUAUGGACACACCGCAUAACGAAUUGUUCACACGCCCAGGGUUAAAUUCUAUCCGUCCUGUUUUACCCCAUUUUGAGAAGGGCUAGGGAUGAAUCUACAACCAUUUACAACUUUGAUUGGUAUAUAUACCUAAUGAUAAAAUUUUUGUCAGUGCAAACGGCGAAUCAUAAAUGGCGAAUGGCAGUUCAACGACCGGAAGAUGCUCAUGGGUACUAUUUUUUUGUAAAAAUAAAGGUGAUAUAUAGACUCCAGAUGCCAGAACUAUGCUUCAAAUGACCGUUAGUGGAUAAUCGUUCGAUUUUUUUCAUAUUUUGUCCUGCAGGAAGAAAUAUUUUGAGAUCUAUGGUUACUUUUGUCGUAGAACUGCCAUUUUUCGUUUUCCGUUCGCCAUCUGUAUUGGCAAUGUUUUUUUUAAAUGUGGACUUUAAAAAUCACACUAGCAUACACACAUUGGCA